AAGCACUGGAACGAUACAAGCAAUGGAAAGAAGAUGUCCAAAUAUUCUUCCAGACUCAUUUGGGAGAAGAAAACUUCACUCCACUAUACACAGAAUUCCUCCGGAGCGAUGGGGGAGGAGAAUAUACUGGCAAUGCAUUCAAAAAUCAACUCCAAGGAGAUGGUGUCAUCCAAGAAACUACAGCUGCAGAUACUCCGGAACAAAAUGGCAUUGCAGAACGCAUGA